AUGCAGAAGAUCUUGCAAACAGAUGAAAUUACCAAUACCGACGUUUUUAGGAAAGGGAAGAGGAAAAGAACAGAGACAAUGGACUCAGAGAAUGUAAAUAGUGACACGGGUAAAGGACAGAGGGACCCAUUUUCGGGAAAUGCCUUUCUGCCAGGUGAGAGCUCUAGUGAAGAUGAAGAGCCUUUAGCAGAAUUAUCAAAGGAGGAAUUGUGCACCAAAAUAAAAAGCCUGAAACAAAAACUAACAAAUAUCCGGAAAGAAAACAGCCGACUUCGACAAUCUUUGGUCAUGCUUCAAGUGCUACCCCAGGCUGUCACCCAGUUUGAAGAACUGGUAGGUAUGGCUGAGGCCCUGCUGAAGGGUGGAGGAACUGUGUCUACAUCUACAGCUACCCUCUGGAGAGCAACAAAUAACUCUUCACCAGAUUCAUUUGCCUCAACGUGCAGUAAUUCUAAUUCCAGUUCACCAAUUUCCUUGAAGGCGGAGGAGGAGCAUCAUACCGAUGAGAAACAGUUCAAGAUUGAAAAAUGGCAGAUUGCCCGUUGUAAUAAGAGCAAACCUCAGAAGUUUAUUAAUGAUUUAAUGCAAGUACUUUACACAAAUGAAUAUAUGGCCACACACAGCCUGACGGGGGCAAAAUCCUCUACUUCAAGGGACAAAGCCGUGAAACCAGCUAUGAAUCAGAAUGAAGUUCAAGAAAUCAUAGGAGCCACAAAACAGUUAUUUCCCAAUACAGACGAUGUUUCCAUUAGGAGAAUGAUAGGGCAAAAGCUAAAUAACUGUACCAAGAAGCCAAAUUUAAGCAAAAAUCUCAACUCUCAGGAUUUUAAGUAGGCCUCUUUGGUAUUUUAAGUAUGCAAAACAAAGUACCUUCAGUUCUAAAUCUAGCAUUGGAUUUUGUUGAAGAAUCUGAAACCUCCUUGGCAGUGAGCACCAAUAGACAUGUGCAGUGACGGCUGUGAGAUGUCUAUAAUAUUGCUGGGCUUUUCUGGUGGAACAACAAGCUUGCUGAAGAAACUGCAUGUAGAUUCUAUCCUAAACACCAUUGAUGCAUUGAACCAGCGAAUUUCUAGCAGUCAAAUAAGCAUGCAGUGUGAUUUCUUUUGAAUUAUGUGUUUCCCCAUACUGACAUUCUUCUCUGUACAGCUAACUUAACAAGAUACAGCUCUUAUCAUAGCAAUAAAAUGUUAACCUUUAAGAUUAGUCAUUGCCCUAAUCAAUUGUUGGAUAUUUAUUAUUACUAAUGACUCCCCAUUAUAUUUUUUUUAUCAUUAGCAAAAGUACAUGUUAGGGAAGGCAGACAGUUAAAUGAU